AUGGGUGUCUGUGCCUCUUGCCUCGGCGGCAAUCGCCACGAGUCUCCUGAGGUAAGUCUAGAGACUGCUUCUAUCAUGUUUAUACAUUACCUCGGCUUAAUGCGCCAUGCAUGGGGUGAUCGACGACAACCAUUUUCUAACAUUCUCGCCCUGAAGCCCGAGUCCUCUCGUCUGCUCGAAGAAGAUCCAUAUCAAGCGGGGUAUAGUUAUGGAGCGCUCAAUCAUGCCCAGCAGGCUAGUCAGCCGGAUCCGGAAUACGUGAGGCGUGAAAGGGAGGCUUUGGAAUCCAUUUGUCAACGCACGUCAGACUCUGUCAUCGAUAUCUGGUCCAUCCAACCGCAACCACACCUACAACCCCAUGCGACCCUCCAUACACCUAUAUCUGCAUCACCCGCCCCAUCACAACGGACAGAUGGAACAACACCCGUCACAUCUACCCACCGCACAUCGCCGCCAAGCAGACCCACCUCGGGCGCAGAAGGCGCAGUCCCGAAACACUGGGGCGAAGUUGUUGUCAACCCAAACAAGAAGCGCUCCCGUCCUGAUAUGAACACCGAUCUCAAAGUCAACCAUGAUGUCUUUGGCGUGUUGAAUAUCAAAUAG